GAGUCCGUCUCCAGCCUUCAGAGUGAGUGCGGGACGGAGCUCCUCCUGCGUGAGUGCUCGUGCUUCAACUUUUGCGGAUGUAAGCCAACUGAAAGCGUAUCUCAUCAGCGACCUGACGACAGAGCGAGAGGGGGAGAGAGGGAGGAAAUAAAGAACAGCACCGAAGUCCUCCUGGGAGAAGAGCGAGAGACCCUGGGGAGCGGACAUUUAACCAAACAUUUACCAGGGGGAUGGCGGUUCCAUAUGAGGGCCAGUCUUUCUCUGCCCUAAGAAGGCAGUGCCGGCAGAAUGGAAGUCUGUUUGAAGACCCCCUGUUCCCCACAUCCGACCAGUCUCUGUUCUAUCAGAACAACAGCAUCGGCAGAAUCACCUGGAAAAGGCCCAAGGAGUUAUGCAGCAACCCUCAUCUCUUUGUAGACGGCAUAAGUGCCCAUGACCUGCACCAGGGCCAGCUGGGAAACUGCUGGUUCGUAGCCGCCUGCUCCAGUCUGGCCUCCAGAGAGACACUAUGGCAGAAGGUGAUCCCUGACUGGAAGGACCAAGAGUGGAAUGAGGAGAAACCAGAGUCCUACGCCGGGAUCUUCCACUUCCGGUUCUGGCGUUUUGGUCAGUGGGUGGACGUGGUGAUUGACGACCGGCUGCCCACGGCCAACGGAGAGCUGGUGUACUGCCACUCCAACGACAGCAACGAGUUCUGGAGCGCGCUAGUAGAAAAGGCCUACGCCAAGAUGUGCGGAUGCUACGAGGGGCUUGACGGGGGCAACACGGCCGACGCACUUGUGGAUUUCACUGGCGGCGUGUCGGAGCCGAUGGAACUGAUGGAGAGCGACUUGAAAGAGAAUGAAGAGAAACGCAGCGAGCUGUUCGAGAGAGUCCUGAAGGUCCACGACAGAGGGGGCCUAAUCAGCUGCUCCAUCCGGGCUACCACUGCGGCCGACAUGGAGGCCAGGCUGUCCUGCGGCCUGGUGAAGGGCCACGCCUACGCGGUGACUGAUGUCCGCAGGGUGAGGCUGGGCCAUGGCCUCCUCGCCUACUUCCGGUCGGACAAACUCACCAUGAUCCGCAUGAGAAACCCCUGGGGAGAAAAAGAGUGGACCGGGGCCUGGAGCGACAGCUCUGAAGAGUGGAAGAAGGUCAGUACCAGUGAGAGGGAGAAAAUUGGUGUCACAGUGCAAGACGAUGGAGAGUUCUGGAUGACGUUCGAUGACUUCAUCGCUAACUUCACGGACCUCAUCUUGUGUCGCCUCAUCAACACGUCCUACCUGAGCUUCCACAAGACCUGGGAGGAGGCUGUGAAGCGGGGCUCCUGGCGGCGCCACGACGACCCACUUCUCAACCGGGCUGGGGGCUGCACCAACCACAAGCAGUCCUUUCUCCAGAACCCGCAGUACAUGUUUGACGUGAAGAAGCCGGAGGACGAGGUUCUGAUCUGUCUGCAGCAGAAAGACCGCCGAGCAACGCUGAGGGAUGGACGGGGAGAAAACCUGGCUAUUGGUUUUGACAUACACAGGGUGGAGUUUAACAGGAUCUACCGAAUGCACGUCACCCAGCAGAAGGUUGGCGGGAGCGUCUACAUCAACUCACGGUCUGUGUUCAAACGCAUCGAGCUGAAAGAGGGGCGGUACGUCAUCAUACCCACGACCUUUGACCCCGGUCUGGAGGGAGACUUCCUGCUCCGCGUCUUCACCGACGUGCUGUCUGACUGCCAGGAGUUGACUCUACACGAGCCUCCACAGACCUGCUGGUCUGGAUUGUGUGGAUAUCCCUCUCUGGUCACUCAGGUCCACAUACUGAGUGCGAAUGGACUUGCAGGACAAGACUCUGAUGGAGUGUCGGACCCCUACGUGAUAAUCCGCUGUGAAGGAGAGAAGGUUCGCUCACCGGUCCAUAAAAACACUUGUAGCCCCAACUUUGACACCAAGGGGCUCUUCUACAGGAAGAAAGCCAACCAGCCAAUCAGAAUUGAGAUCUACAACCACAAUGCGUUGAUGGACUCCUUCCUGGGUCAGGUGACGCUGCCGACCGAGCAGGGAGAAUUCCAGCAGACGCUCCACCUGAGGGACAAGGGCGAUCGGCGUGACAACGACCUGCCGGGGACGCUCACUGUGGCCAUAGUGACCAGCCCGGUGCUCACCAGCAUCUGAAACAGGUUGCUGGUUUACCUCCCCGAGAGGGUUAAAUAUUUGGCACGAACAGAAGGUUUACAUUUUGUUUACUUUAUAGAACGUUAACACAUCCAGCAGUCGUGUGUAGAUCCAACCUGAUUCUUUCAUUUUGCUUUACCCGGGGGCUUGUAAACGUCUGUUUACACGAUGAUUUACAGUACCUGUGUUUGGUGAAUCUGAUCAUCCUGACAUUUUUUUUUUAGCUAUAUUAAAUAUACGUUUACUUUUUCAAAACAUAGUUUUUUUGCCCUUAUUCCAUGAAAGACCAAAAGGCAGCUGGAUUCUCAUCUUAAUUCUCCUUUGCUUCUUUUCAUGCCAAAGCUUGUGAAAGUAUUCCAUAUCCAAUUUAGGAAAUGCUCCUCACUGCAGAUAACUGUGACCGAGCAGCUUGAACCUAAGGAAUAGCAUCUGUGUAAAAGAGCACACCUUCAUGAGAAUUAUACAUAAGCAUGAUUGACACCCUAAUAAUACCACAUAAGCCUUUGUUUCCUGCCUCGCAUGUGAGACCUUUAUUCAGUAGGUACAUGGUGUUUUUCAAAAAAAUCCUAAGAUAUACAAUCCAUUGGUUUGAAUAACUCCACACUAAUUGCACAAGGCUCCUUUGACAAGUCUGGACCACAAGUAGAUUGUGUUCAUACACAAGAGAAAAUGUAAAAUACAAAAGUGAAUAACGUGUGCAACAAUGAAAGUCUGAAUGAGCAGUUUGGAUGUCUUUGUCCCAUUAAAUAUAUACACGCAAUCAAUGCAUCAAAUACUAAAUAACAAAAUUGGUUAUCUGUGUUCUGUCUGUAAUGAGCCUAUAUCAAAUCUAAAAUGAUGGACAGGCUACCUGCCUGCCUACCAGCACACACGUUACCUCUGCACUUAUCACCCUUCCCCAGAGUCUUUUAAGCUGCUACAUUUGUUGUUUGCGUACAUUGUGCUCAUUAUUUGGGGCGUGGCUUUGGAGGAGGACCUGAAGGUUGGAUUUUGAUGUUGCUGACUUUCACAAAAUAUUGAGGCUUUUAACUUCUCAUGAUCACAAUGCCUGCCUUUUAAAGAAGUGUGUUAUUCCCCCUCUAAAACAGAAACAUUUUGAUUUAUCUAUCUUUUGGGCAUGCCUCUCCACCCCAUUGGUCUGUUUGUUUGUUUUCAACUCAGAGCUGGCCAUAAAUAGUAAAGAGCAUGCGUGUUGCAAACUGCCUUAAAAACACAGAUUGAGACAAAUAUUCAGAAUGUGCUGUAUACAUGUCCAAAGAAUGCUCCUAAAACCCAAUUAAUAUCUACAUCUCAUAUGUCUUAAUGGGAAAAUAAUCCAUCCAGGAUACCCAACUGGAAUAUGUUGUUUACAUGACCCAUGUCAAAUUUACACUUUUGUUCAGGAUAAUAGUGGAUUAUUAGAGUGCACGUGAACAUACUCAGUGUUUACAGUUCUUUGUGUAAUGUCUAUCAACCACUACUUCGCGUCAUGUGUCUUCAACUCUGAUGUCUAUUUGACCUUUUAUUUUAAUUUACUCUUUUCAUACGGGCUCCUGUAAACCACUCUGAAUUGCCUUGUGAGGUUCUACACAUAUAAAUGUGCCAUUGUGAUAAUAUCUGGCAUUCGCCUUCUGUGAUGUCUGCCAUAUGAUUGUUCAGAUGCUAAGUUUCUCCUUUAAUGCGGAAUCUCUUGGUAUAUUUUUCUUUCUUGGAAUAUGGAAAGUAUUUCACUCUGGGUCAAAGCAAUAUUUUAGCCUGUUUACAAGUUGCUGUUUACAUUGUCAGAAUAUUCUAAUUAAAGAUCUUUGCCCUGUCAUUCAAACGUUUACAAUCUGAUUUCAUAUUGAUCUUUUUCUUUUUAGGGAGUGAAAUGGAAUAAUUUAAUCCCCAAAUACUUUCUUAAAGUUUUUCUAUUCAUUGCAGUGCCCGCAGUGUACUGUACUGCUUACAACAAUAUUAUUGCACUUCAUUGUUGAAUUUCAUUCCAGUGACCCUCCAUCAUUGUUGACCCUCAAAUGAACUUAUUAAAUCAGUGCCUUUCUUUCUCUUUGCAAUCUACUCAUCAGUUGUAUUGAAGAGGUUUUUUCUAUAGUACAUUUAUGAAUGAUAAAAUACUUUCACUGUACGGCUGCCAUGACUUCCAUGUCUGUGGU